GUUCCUACUCGUGUUUGAGGAUGGGUGAUUGCGUUCUUCCAAGUUACGCUGAUCAGUUUGAUGAAGACGUCGUGCCUUUGCUCGGGAAUGGUCCGCAGGGGUUGGCUGACGAGACGGGUCAGGAUGUGGUCGUCGAGGUGGUCGAGGCAGAAGACGCGCGUGCCGAGGCAGAUGCGUCUCGUCGAGCUAGGUCGGCGGAAGCGGAUGCCGCUCGUGCUGGGAAGAAAGUCUCGAGAGGGGCGACGGGGAGUGCUCCUCCAUCUGCCGGGGGUGGACGUUCGCGGAAGAGGACUUCGCGUCGCAGUCCAGAAGCUAGGCCGUCGAACGUCGGAAGAUCUGCCAGGCGCGAUGAACCAGUUCGGGAAGCCCGUGAAGGAGUCGAUCAUUCGUUUUCUUUCAACUACGGCGCGAAGAAUCACAUGUUUCAUAAUGAUGGGGAUGCCUGCGCGGAGUUGGCGAGUAAGAUUCGCGGUGAUUUCGUUGAGUUUCCUCGAGUCGAUUCUCUUCUUGGGGCGGAUCUCUAUCGUGAUGUAGCUCGUCGGAGUCUUCAGGUUUGUUCCUCCUGGCUUUGCGUUCCUUUAGUAUUUACGUGUGUCUCCGGUUUCUGACUUUGCCUAUCUUACAGUCGCUGAGCCAGAUGAACCGCUUGGUCGGUUUUUAUGAGGAGAAGGUGAGGGCCGCUAUGAGGGAGAAUGGUCUG